AUGGGUGGUCGGGUGACGUCGUUGCAACGCACUCGCCUUUCACCUCGCCGUCCGGGGCCCGAUUCCCGGAAUGGACGUGAAGGUAUUGACACCUCGCCUCUAGAUGGCUCUUACACCUCGUCUGUGGACGGUAUUAACACACCGUAUGUAGAUGGUAUAGACAACUCUUCUGUAGACGGUAUUGACACCUCGUCCAUAAAUAGUAUCGACACUUCAUCUCUAAAUAGCAUUGGCAACUCGUUUCUAGAUGGUAUUGACAACUCGUCUGUAGACUGUAUUGACAACUCGUCUGUGGAUGGUAUUGACAACUCGUCUGUAGACGGUAUUGACAACUCGUCUCUAGAAGGUAUUGACAACUCGUCUGUAGACGGUAUUUGCAACUCGUCUCUAGAAGGUAUUGACAACUCGUCUCUACAUGGUACUGGCACUUCGUCUCUAGAAAGUAUUGACAACUUGUCUGUAGACGGUAGUGGCAACUCGUCUCUUUAUAGUAUUGACAACUCGUCUCUAGACGGCAUUGACAACUCGUCUUUAGAUGGUAUUGACAACUCGUCUUUAGAUGGUAUUGACAACUCGUCUCUAUACGGUGUUGACAACUCGUCUCUAGAAGGUAUUGACAACUUGUCUGUAGACGGUAGUGGCAACUCGUCUCUUUAUAGUAUUGACAACUCGUCUCUAGAAGGUAUUGGCGACUCGUCUCUAGAAGGUAUUGACAACUCGUCUCUAGAAGGUAUUGACAACUCGUCUACAGACGGUAUUGGCAACUCGUCUCUAGAAGGUAUUGACAACUCGUCUCUAGAAGGUAUUGACUACUCGUCUCUAGAAGGUACUGACAACUCGUCUGUAGACGUUAUUGACAACUCGUCUGUGGAUGGUAUUGACAGCUCGUCUGUAGAAGGUAUUGACAGCUCGUCUCUACAAGGUAUUAAACUACGUCUCUUGCUUGGACCUUGA